AUGAUUGCAAUAUUCCUAACAAUAGUUCUUCUUGUUUAUUAUCUAUAUCAUUUGUCGAUAAAAAAUUUAGAUUAUUGGGAAAAGAGAAAUGUUCCUAACAUAAAACCCUCGCCUUUGGUCGGAAAUUAUGCCCCGUACAUUUUGUUAAAACAGUGUUCAGGAGAAUUAGUUCAACAGCUAUGCAAUCACUAUCCAUUCGCUCCAUACAUUGGUGUUUUCUUUGGGACAAACCCGACACUUAUUAUCCAAGAUCCAGCUAUGAUCAAGUUGGUUUUAAGUAAAGACUUCUAUUACUUUAGCGGCCGAGAAAAUAGUGAAUACUCUAACAUGGAUCCCUUCCUCGGAAGCUUAUUUUUCGCUACCGGAGACACGUGGAAAGUGUUGAGACAACAUUUCGGCCCCAUAUUUUCUUCUAACAUCAAUACUAUGUUUGAAACCUUCAAACAGAGCGCUGUUUCAUUUGAGAAAAUGCUACAUGAAGAAAUAAAUAGUGACAGUGUUGAAGUAAGAAGUUGUUUAUUACGCUUUUUAUUAAAUGGCACAGGCAACUGUAUGCUUGGCAUAGACAUCAACUCUUUAGACAAAGACUGGCGGAAUAAUCCGUUUGUUCGUUUGUUUGAUAUUAUGUUUGAAACUACAAAUGGAAGAGGCAUGAGAAACAUUGGCCGGUCUGUAUAUCCCAAAUAUUUCUAUCCAAUGGGCCUAAGAAAUCUACCAGACGUUGUGCCAAAAUUCUAUCAAAACUACCUGCAGAAUAUGUUUGAUGCCAAUAGUUCAGUGAAGAAGUGUAGUUUUACAGAUUUGCUUAGAAAAAUGAAUAAGGACAGAAUAUUAGUUGGAGAUUCAUUUGAUAACUUAAAAGGAGGUAAUAACAAAGCGAUUAUAAAAGUGAGCGAUCAAUUGAUACUUGCACAAUGUAUGGUAUUAUCAAGCACCGGUUUAGAAAGUGUAUCAGCAACACUUUCUUUUGUUUUAUACGAAAUUGCAAAGCACUCAGAUGUACAAGAUAAAGUUGUACAAGAAAUAAAUGAGUUUUUAAAUAAUCAUGACAAUAAACUAAAUAUAGAAUGUCUUACAGAACUGCCUUAUUUGAAAGCUUGUAUUGAAGAAACUAUGAGAUUGUACCCUAUUGUUGGUAUCUUAAAACGUGAGGUGACCCAUCCUUACAGUCUCCCGUGUGGUGCUGUUCUAGACAAAGGAGUACGCAUACAUAUCCCUGCAUAUCAUAUACAUCACAGUCCUCGCUAUUUUCCUGGUCCAGAAGAAUUCAAACCGGAACGAUUUCUGGCUGAGAACAGAAAAAGGAUCGUUCCAUACACUUAUUUCGCAUUUGGAGAAGGUCCCCGGAACUGUAUAGGAAUUCGUUUCGCGAAGAUGCAGAUGAUUCUGGCAUUGAUGACGAUCUUGAAGCGAUAUCGCAUGGAGUUGCCCGAUGACAUGCCUAAGAAGUUGGAGUUCACAGCAGCAUCCGUGGUCACGCAGCCCAGCAAAAAGAUAACCCUGAAAUUUGUCCAGAGGGAAGGGUGGCAACAACGCGUAUUCGCAGUCUCAUAAUAAUUGUUGGUAAUAAUAGUAAACAUAUUUUAGAAAAGGAAAGAACUAAAAUACAAUAGAAUAUAGAAGGAGAAAAAAUUAAUGAAAUUUAGACAAUUUAUUAAUCAUGAAACGCAAGCAAGGAAGCAACGGUUCAGACUAAGGAAAAAUUGAAAAUUUAUAAAUUUUUAUUAAU